GGCCUGUCGUAUCCUGAACGCCACUGAGUCACCGACGCACCUAGUGCGACGCUACUGGUUCCUGGUGCGCUGCUGCAACGCACGGCUGGCAUGCAUGAACAGUGUCCACAAAUGCGUGCUGCCUAACGCCCACCUGCUCACGUGGAAUCCACACUCGGUGUGGCCCGAGGUGGCCAGCCUCUUGCUCAUGGGACUGCUCUGUCUGGCCGCACUGUGCUUUGCCGAGACCAACGUGUGGUGGCUACUUCGACGCAUGUGCGGGUACCAGCCGCACCUGUACGUGACCCGAGCGCCGCAGUGCCUGCUUCACGAAGGGGAAAAGGAGCGCCUAGUUCGCCACUUCAGGGACAAGACUCUGCCCUGCAUUGACACGCUGACGGUGAGCCACAUCCGCCAGGAGACCGGACCGUACGCGCCGCUUCAUGACGUCAGUCUGUGCAUGCACCGGCGCGAGUGCCUCGCCCUGCUAGGACCCACAGGUUCAGGUCGGUCCCUGCUGUUGCGCGUACUCACCGCACAACUUCCGGUGUCAGAUGGCAACGCUCACCUCCUCGGCGCCGACCUCUUCGCUCAUCCGAGCGAGUUCGUCCGGGCGCUGGGCUACGCAUCCGAAGAACGCAACGCCACUGGUUGGUUGACGGGCCGCCAGGUGCUUCGUCACGUGGCCCGCAUGCGUCGCGUGCCCCCCAAGGUCGUGGCGGUAGUGGUCGAGCAGCUCCUCCGUAUGCUGGACCUUGUCGACCAGUCCGAGCGCAACGUGGCCGCAUACAGCAACGGCGAGCGUGCCAAGCUGGCCGUCGCGCUGGCCUUGGUGGGCGCGCCACCCGUCGUGCUAUUAGACAAGCCGACCGAAGGACUGGACCCCGUGGCCCGACGUCGCGUCUGGCACACUAUCAUCACCUUCGUAAAGAAGACGCACAUGUCUGUGUUACUGGCCACCGACGACAUCGAGGAGGCAGAGUCCGUGGGUUCUCGAGUGUUGUUCCUGCACCGGGGACGUGCGCGGCCUAUGCUCCGCGAGCAAGACCUGUAUCCAGGUGUGGAGCGAGGAUACGAGAUCACCAUGUCCCUGGAUGGCUUGAGUGGCCUGACUGCAGCCGCUGCGCAGCAAGAGGUCAAUGACACUGUACAGAGCCUGUUCCCGGGCCGCAACCUCGCUGUCACCAGGCUGAAGUCGUACGUGCGAUUCCGCGUCAUGGACGACUCGGUCGAUUGGGAGCUGCUGGUCGACGCCCUCGACGGCUUGCGGCGCUCCCUCGGUCUGUCCGAUUGCCGCGUGCUGGCCACCACUGUGCUGCAGUGCGCCUUCUACCGCCGCCUCGUGGAGAUACCAUCGACACCGGCGCCAUCGCUUCUCAUGUCGCCCGCCUCACCCGUGCCCGGCCUGGCCGCUGCUGGAGGCGCCGGGGAGCUGUACGCUGGCCCGCCGCCACGCUCGGCAUACCCCAGCCGCUACGCAUACCCGACGGGCAAGAAAUAA